GAGAGGGGGUUGUGUGCGUUGGAUAACGAGGUGGGUGGGCACCACUCUCAUUCCUUCUCUGUCUCCCUCUGUCUCUCUCUCUCUUCCUCUCUCUCUCCCUCUCUCCUUCUCUCUCCCCCACUCUCAGCAGUGUAUAAGUACAGAUCUGUGAUGGCCGGACCAUCACACAUUCAGUUCACUUUUACGCAGUGGAGAUGAGCGCUCGGAUAGCGAAAUCCAACCCGGCCAUGAAACUGAUAUUGCUCUUCACAGCUUCUCUUUCCUGGGCCUUCCAGCAGCAGGCCGUACCACCAAAGUACCAAUACCGUGACCCUGUGACAUCUGAACUCCUAAUGUGCGACCAGUGCCCUCCUGGUACGGCCGUGAAACAACACUGCACUGCUGACACACCCACUGAGUGCGAGGCCUGUCCGGAGAGGCAUUUUGCUGAGAACUGGCACUGGGGCGAUACGUGCCAAUACUGCACCUCGGUGUGCAAAGAGAGACAACUUGUGAAGCAACAGUGUAAUAGCACCCAUGACCAACUCUGUGAGUGUGCCCCAGGUUUCCACUUGGUGGUUGAGUUCUGCAUUACACACAGUGCCUGUCCACCUGGCCACGGAGUGACAGUUUCAGGUACACCAGUGAGUGACACGGUGUGUAAACGUUGUCCUCCUGGUUAUUUCUCCACCAGCGAUUCUGCCACCGAGCCAUGUCAGCCCCAUAGAAACUGCUCUGAUUUGGGCUUGAAGACACUGAGAUGGGGGACGUCCACUACAGACAGCCUCUGUGGCACGACAACACUGGAGUGCUCUCAGCAUCAGACUGUGUGCCAUAAUGAUGUGACCCUGUGUGAGGAGGCAGUCUACCAGUCACUCUCCUCACUGCGUCUAUCCUCGGUGCCCCUGGAGCGGUUGUUGGAGAGUCUUCCCGGGAGAAGAGUGGAUCGUAAGAGCCUGGAGAGGCUGAAGAAAGUGUGCUCUCCCCAGCAACAGGUCCUCCAGCUGCUGCGACUGUGGAGAGAACAAAACAAAGACCAGGACAAGUUGUAUGGCAUCAUACAAGGUGUGAACCAUUGUGAGAGGAAAGUCUCCCGCUGCAACAGCCUAAAAAACCUGACCCUAGAUGACCUCCUGAAGGUCACCAACAGCCUGCCAGGGGUUAAAGUUCAGCAGGAGGAUGUCCAGGCUGUGGUCUCUACCUGCCUACCCAGGCAGUACAUCCUGCAGCUUCUCCACCUCUGGAAGUCAGCAAACUAUGACCUGGAUCUAGCCAAAGGUCUGUCUCACAGUCUGCGGGUGAUGCGCAGCCAGGGAGCACCACGCUAUCUGCUGAGAGGCCUGAAGAGGAUUAGCCGCAUCAUAGGAACCACCUCAGCACACAAAAUGUUCCGUAAUAUGCUUCAGGAUGAUUUGUGUUUUAAGGCUCAUAAGCCAUUAAAUGAAUAGAGAACAUGGAUGUAAAAACACCAGAAUAUAUGUCAUCUAAAGAAUAAAAAGACACUAAUGCAAUGUCACAUAGUGAGCACACAAACAUAAAAAGACACAAUAAUGUCAGAAAAAAAAGUCUUUAAGAUAUCGCCAAAUGAUAUCAAGCUAUGCAUAAAGUGCCUUGAGGUAUCUUACCUAACUGUCACAUAAAGCCAAGAUGGGAAGGUAAAUUUGUCUUUGCCUCACUGAAUUUCUAUCAAAACCAUAUGCCAAAAUAUUUUGAUUAUAUGAGGUAACAAGGGAUGCUAAGAAAUUUACCCUCAGUCUAUAGAAUCUGUUUGCAGUGAUGAAUAUAAUAAGCCUAAAAAAAUAAAUAAAAAAAUCUGUGUACUCCAGGCAAACUGAAACAAAAAAUAGAAAAAAUGUUUCCUGGGAACUUUCUGACCAGAGUCUGUGAAAAAUGAAAAACUAUUUAAGAUGUAAAUAGCACACUAUUUUAUGGAAGAUAGGCUGGCUGAUGUUGUGUUUUUGUUAUUAUUGCUUUCUCGCUGACUGAGAGGAAGGAUUUGGUUUCAUAAUGAAAUACAUGUAUUUUCUACAGUUUUCCUUGGUUUGUUCUGGACUGCUGGCAAGUAAAGCUCAUCCGAUUUUUUUUAAAUUGUCAGCUUUAUGAAUGUACAAAGGAGUGCAAUGUGUUUUCUAUUUAAAAAAAAAAAAGUUUACUUUCUGAAUAUGUAAAGGCUUGUUUUUAUUACUUUAUCAGAAAUACUGGAUUCCAAAUGCUGCAAGUUCAUGAAGUGAUAUUUGUUUUAUAUUUUGUUUUAUCACUUUUAUAUUAUUAAAUGUAUGAUCUUUAUUGUAUAUAUGCCUGACUGGUCCUCUUUAAGCUCGUGUAACGUUGUGAACACUAAUGCCAAAUGAUCUGAUUAAAAUCAGUUUGUAAAAAUGCA